AUGGAUGAAGAGUACCUGGCGUACGUUCCGGUCGCGGCAAACGAGCGAGCUGAACAAGUAAAUUUGGAGGAAGAUGACGAAAUUUUUGAGAAGUACCUGGCGCGUAUUCCCACCGUGGCCAACAAGCCAAACGAGCUCGAGUACCUGGGGCGCGUUCCGAUCGUGGCGUACGAGCAAGCUGAUCAAGUAGAUUUGGAGGAAAACGAGAUGGAUGAAGAGUACCUGGCGUACGUUCCGGUCGCGGCAAACGAGCGAGCUGAACAAGUAAAUUUGGAGGAAGAUGACGAAAUUUUUGAGAAGUACCUGGCGCGUAUUCCCACCGUGGCCAACAAGCCAAACGAGCUCGAGUACCUGGGGCGCGUUCCGAUCGUGGCGUACAAGCAAGCUGAUCAAGUAGAUUUGGAGGAAAACGAGAUGGAUGAAGAGUACCUGGCGUACGUUCCGGUCGUGGCAAACGAGCGAGCUGAACAAGUAAAUUUGGAGGAAGAUGACGAAUUUGUUGAGAAGUACCUGGCGCGUAUUCCCACCGCAGCCAACAAGCCAAACGAGCUCGAGUACCUGGAGCGCGUUCCGAUCGCGGCCGACGAGCCAGAGGAUCAAGUAGAUUUUGAGGAUGACGAGAUGGUUGAGUACGUGGCUUACGUUCCGAUCGCGGCCGACCUGUCAGCCGGCCAAGUAGUUUCCGAGCAGGACGACGGAAUGAUGGAGGAGUACCUAGCGUACGUUCCAAUCGCGACCAACGAGCGAGCUGAUCAAGUAGAUUUGGAGGAGACCGAGAUGGAUGGAGAGUACCUGGCGUACGUUCAGAUCGCGACCAACGUACCAGCCGGUCAGGUAGAUUCCGAGCAGGACGAGUUGGUUGAGAACGAUGAAAUGGUUGAGGAGUUCCUGCCGCGCAUUCCGAACGCGGCAAGCGGGCCAGUCGUACAGGUUGUUCGCGAGGAGGAGGACAUCGAAACCACAUAUUACGAGCUCGAGUGCCUGGCGGACGUUCCAAUCGAUAUUGAAUUGGGGGGCUUUCCGACCGUUGUCAACGGAAGUCAGAUCGCUCAGCAGCACGAAAUCUCCGUUGUUGUCAACGUGAUUGAAAGGGCCGAGAAUGUGUGCGGUCUAUGUAAGCACGAUGACAAGGAUGAUCAGAUCGAUUACAAGGAUAUGUAUCGAAAGGCUUCGCAAGAAAACGUCGAACUGAAGAAGAAUGAAAAGAUCUUGAAUAAAAAGCUGCGAAAGUCCAAUCGGAAAAGCGCGUGGAGGUUCAAAUCCAUGAACAAAAAAGACACUCAAAUAAAAACGUUGCGAAGAACGCAGCGGACUCGGGAUGCUGCAAAACUAUCCGAUCGAAAAUUGUUGGCCACGCUGAAGAAGAAUCCUGUCCUAACCAACAGUUUGGAAAACACAUUGUGGAAACCCAAGGGUCGACGUUAUACCACAAGCACAAAGAAAUUCGCAACGACGGCCUACUUGGCAGGGCCGGCUGGAUACAGACAACUCACGAGAUCAAAAAUUCUUGUUCUGCCCGGCAAAAGGAGUAUCAUAAGGUACAAUGCUAACGUACGUCAGAAACCGGUCACGAACAUGAGUUUGCUGGACAGACUUGAAGCGAAAACGCGGCAUUUUUCCAAAAGGAAACGUGCAGUUUUACUUGCUAUCGAUGGGAUGGCUAUAAAGGCCGAACUGACGUACAAUGCAAAAACGGAUACCUUCCACGGAUUCCCGGACGAUGGCGCUAAGCGAAAAAUUGAAAAGAACAAUCCGGACAUCUUGGCGACGGAAGCCAUCAGCGUUGUUGUAUCCAGCCUGUCGAAACUGGACCCGUCUCGUUGGGAGAACGGCGAUACAAACAAACGGUUCAAAAUGGCUUUGUCGUAUUACUUAGCCCAUCACACGUUGGGUAGUAAGACUCAGCUGAAGGUGCUCAAGGAGAUCGUUUCGUGUUUAAGAGCUCGAAGUCUGUUUCCGAUUGCCAUCACGUUGGAUCAAUGCCUAACAAACAUGAAGAUGUUCAGAGAAGGUGGUGCUACACAAAAAAGGCCAUUCUUGAAAAUCGACGGAGAGCAAGUUGCGGUGAUAUUUGACCCUCCCCAUCUACUGAAGAGCGCAAGGAACAUGCUUUACAAGCACAAUGCUGUCUUUCAAGACGAAAUAUAUGCAGUUUCAGCUACAUCAAACAACUAUUUGAAUUGGACCAGGUCAACAUUCCUCGACUUUGUCCAAGCUGUGAGAACGCUGAGUGGAUCGACCGGAUCUGGCAUCCGUUUCCUCAUCCGAUCGAAUGACAUGACCGUGGAUGCUAAACUAACCGCUGAGUAUGCUGAGUUUCAUGACAAGCUGUUUGAUUCGAUGAACUCGAAAAGCAUCCAUCUGGCAAAGCCUUUUCGGUCGGCCAUUACGGAUGAUUCAUGCUAUUGGGAUUUCUUACGCGAGGCAAAAACAAUAUUGAAGGAUAUGUAUUAUACACCGAACACGUGCUUCUCGCCGACGUUGGCUGCUGAUGAGUCUCGCGCUCUGACGGCUGUGCAGCGUAAGCCAAACUACAUUUUCGGUUUCAUAAGCAACAUCAAUGCAAUCGAAUGGAUGUGGCCGAAGCUCAAGGAUGAGUUUGGUUUCAGCGAACUUUGUACCAACUUUCUAAACGCUGACACAGUAGAGAAUCACAACUCCGAAGUCCGAAGACGCUGCGGAAGAAAUGAUGCACCCAAUUCAGCCCAGUUUGGUGCAUCGUUUAAGUACGCUGCGAUUGCUGUAAAUGAGAAAUUGGUGGAGGGAACUAACAUCGAAGCCGACGGAGCGAAACCAUUGAUCGAAGACAUAGAAUUCAACUCUAAAAGAAAUCAAGUUGAACAACCCGCAUGUGAUUACAACGACGAACCCCUUGACGACGAAUACGAGCGAACGUAUUCAGCGAAAGAGCUAAACGGAUUGAUGUUCAUCGUGGGCUACGCUGUCUUGAAGAUUCAGCAUAAAUCAUGCCGUGAGCGGCUGUGUCAAAAGGGAGAUGAAAUUUCACCAGAUCAUCCGCUUUAUGCUUUUUGCAAACUAAAACGAUGUUCAGCGUACCCUAGCUCACUUCUUUACAAGAUUGGGCUAAGAGUUUUCAACGCCUUUAACCAAAAAUUCCGAGCCUUUCUCUACGAAUGUCGACAGGCUGUCAAAACUAGGCUGAAAACUUUCGUGGAUUACGAUACCUACUCUGGGGAGACUUGCCGCAAAUGCUUCGACAUCGUAGUUGAUAAACUUUAUAACACGCUUAUUCAGGGUUUUCUGAAGAAAGCAAAGAAUACUCACAAGCGAAAAACUGCCGCGAAGAAAGCAGCAACCGCUGCGAAAAGGAAUCGAAAGGCAUUUCGAAUGCAACUGCCGCUGAAAUAAGUUAAGAAGUUCGCCUUAAUUUGUUUGUUGUUUUUAUAUUACAUUCUGCACUAUUUUAUUGCUAAAAAUCAAUGCAUAAAUGUUAAAAUACAUACUUUAUAUUAAACAUCCCUUAACGUGAUACUAUUACUCUUCAUUAUUACUAUCUUGUUAAUUCCUCAACAAAAUCAACCAACAGAAAACAACAAAAGUUGAAAUAAUUGGUCCUUUCUUUUACAGCGGAUGGGUCAAAAGGGAGAACACAAGCAAUGAGGUGGUGCCUAACUUUUUUCUUCUAUUGUGCAAUCUCCAUCGAAUCUUGUACAUCCUGUCCAUGCCGGACAGAACCGAUUCUCCGGGUACCAGGCCCACCCUCGACAGGGACAGCAUCCGAUGGUGUGGGCAACCCUUCACCCAACCAGAAAGUCCGUCUUUAAGCUAACACUAAGCCUGUGUUUUCUUUAACAGUUUGC